UAGGAAUUGGUCGUCCGCGACGGCGACCUCACUCAACCGGUUUGUCUCCGGCUGUCGUUGCCCUUCCAGAUGACAAUGGUGAUGUUAAUCUGUAAGAUCGACUCCCCUUUGUUCGAGUCUUUGAGGGAAGCUUCCUGGAAUUGCCGGCGACGACCUCCUUGCUCGGGUCGUCUCCGGCUGUCGUUGUCCGGGAAUUGAACGCGGAAAAUGACAGUGGCGAUACUAACCUAUAAGAUCAACCUCCUCCUUGAGUAGCUUCCAGGAAUCGUCUUCUUGGCUGCUUUCCAGGAAACAGCACAAUGGAUUCACAGCCUUGCAAUCUCCGUGUACCUGUUUUUUCCACGCUGAAUUUUCCAACGCGUUACUCCCCACGCUGCUAUUUGCCGGGGCUCCUCAUAUCCCGCUGGCCUACAACCGCAUCCCCAUAUCCCGCUGCACCACCAGUCCACCACCUAUUCCACCUCCGGCCGCGGAUACGCCACGGCCAUCCACCUCUUGAGCUCCGGCUCACCCAGUUGGACUUCUCCGGCACCACUGCAGCUCCUCCCUUUGAAUCGCCGUCACGCUCACUUGCAGCACGCGAGCGGGCUGCUGAGCCAACACCAGAAGGAGCCUCGGUAUUGAGAUGUCUGCACCGGUGGUCAGCGCCACCAUGGGGGCGAUGAACCCCCUCAUCGGCAAGCUCGCCGCACUGAUGGGCGACGAGUACAAGAAGCUCACGUCAGUCAGGAAGCAGGCCUCGUUCCUCAAGGACGAGCUUAGCGCCAUGAAAGCUCUCCUUGAGAAGCUUGAGCUCAUGGAUGAACUGGAUCCCUUGGCCAAGAACUGGAGGGAUCAUGUGAGGGAGAUGUCCUAUGACAUGGAGAAUUGCAUCGAUGACUUCAUGCGAGACCUUGGAGGUGCCGAUGCCAAGGCGGGCUUUAUAAAGAAGACGGUUAAACGUCUCAAGAUGUUGCGAAAGCAUCAUCGUAUUGCUGAUCGGAUGGAAGAGCUCAAGGCUCUUGCUCUACAGGCAAAUGAACGACGCAUGAGGUACAAGAUUGACGAUAGCAUCAACUCUACUACUCAUGUCAUUGCUGUUGAUCCUCGUUUGUCGGCGAUCUACAAGGAGGUAGCGGGCCUUGUGGGUAUUGAUGGCCCAAAGAAAGAACUUAAAAGUUGGUUACAAGAUACCCAAGAAAAACUCAAAGUGGUGGCUAUUGUUGGAUUCGGAGGUCUUGGUAAAACUACACUUGCCAAACAAGUGUAUGAUGAGAUAGGAGAGCAAUUCAAUUGUAAGGCAUUUGUAUCGGUUUCUCAAAGACCUGAUAUGACAAACCUCCUCCGUAGCCUACAGUUGGAUCUCAAGGUGGAGGAGUCAUCUCGUACUAACGAGGUACAAGAUAUCAUUGCUCGUCUUAGAGAGCAUCUCACACAUAAAAGGUACCUUAUUGUAGUUGAUGACUUAUGGAAUCAAUCAGCAUGGAAUAUCAUGAGUUGUAUCUUUCCAGAAGUCGGGAAUGGAAGUAGAGUAAUAGUAACUACACGAGUGGAGGAUGUGGCUAUUUGGGCGUGUCACAAUGACCAUGAGUGUGUUUAUAGAAUGGAACCCCUCAAAGAACAAGACUCAAGAAUGUUGUUCUGUAAUAGAGUAUUUGGUUCCGGAUAUGCCUGCCCAUCACACUUAAAAGAAGUUUUGGUUGAAGUUUUGAAGAAGUGUGGAGGGUUGCCACUUGCAAUCAUCACUAUAGCUAGUCUAUUAGCUAGUCAUCAAACAAGGUCAACGGACAAGUGGGAGAGCAUAAGAAAUUCUUUGGGCGCCAAGAUUGCCACAAAUCCCACCUUAGAAGAGAUGAGGAGUAUACUAAACCUUAGCUACAUGCAUCUUCCUCUUCAUCUUCGCCCAUGUCUCCUGUAUCUUGGCAUGUAUCCAGAAGACGAAAUGGUCAGGAGGCAUGAUCUGGUUUUACAAUGGAUAGCUGAAGGCCUUGUCAAUUGUUCUCAUGGGUCAGACUUGGAGGAUACCGGGAAGAGUUAUUUUAAUGAGCUUAUCAAUAGAAGCCUGAUUCAGCCGGCUGAGACCUCAAAGUCUGGAGAGGUGGAGUAUUGCAGAGUACAUGAUAUAAUGCUUGAUCUGAUCGUCAGCAAAUGUGCAGACCAAAAUUUUAUCAACGUGGCAUAUAAUUGUGAAGGCGUGGCAAGAAUGCAUGCCUGUGAGUACAAGGUCCGUAGGUUGUCCUUGAAAUCAAGCACCAAUGAUGCAACAUUGAGGAUCGUUGAUACUAGCAUGUCACAAGUUCGAUCAUUUGCACAAUUUGGAGAGUCCAAGUACACACCUCCUCUUUCACUAUUUAAGUACCUUCGGGUGCUGGUGUUUAUAUUCCCAUUUACGAGGAGUACGAUAGUCGACCUCACUGCAAUCGGUCAAUUGUUUCAGCUAAGAUAUCUGAAGGUUUCUACAUUCCCAGGCUCAAUAGAUCUGCCUGCUGAAGUUCGCGGGCUUGUUCAUUUGGAGACGCUGGAAAUAUCUAGUGGUGCACGAAGCAUCCCGUCAGAUAUUAUUUGCUUGCCACGGUUGUCUCGUCUGAUCCUUCCGAUUCAACCAUGUCCUCCUCAAGGGAUUUCCAACAUAAAAUCAUUGCGUGCACUACACUGUAUGAAUAUCUCGCUAGAGGAUAUUAAUGGCCUUACUGAGCUGACCAGCCUGAGGGAGUUGAGGAUUUAUACUGAUGUGGUGGCGGGUGAAGUUGAUGCUUUGGUAUCCCUAAUUGGAAAGCUCCAUGGCCUAAAAUACCUCAAGGUCAGUGCUUUGUCUUCUCAACAUCAUUGCGGCCCGAUGUACUCAUUAUCCAACCCUCCUCUCCAUAUCGAGGAACUUGAUCUGCCCGGGUGGAUACUGAAGAGAGUUCCCACAUGGAUUGGCGACCUCCAUUUCCUUCGGAUCUUGAAUUUGUGGGUCGACAACUUGUCCAACGACGAGGUUCAUGUUGUGGGAAAGCUGCCCUGCCUCGUCCAUCUGGAUCUACGGGUAUACGCUGAAGGCGGGGCCGUAAUCUGCACGGGCUUAUUCCAAGUCCUGAAAGUCCUUCGUCUCUUCUCUCAUGAUGUGGCACACAUGCAGUUUCAGAUAGGCCUAAUGCCCAGCCUGCGACAGCUCACUCUAGAAGUAAAUAAUGGCUGGGGUGGUGGUGUGCCUCGAGGCAUGGAGCACCUAUUGGCCCUCGAUCACAUCUCUGUAUUUGCCAGACACGGCGUCAAGCACCGUGAUGUUGAGUCUGCCUUCAGAAGCGUGGUCGACGUGCACCCAAGACGACCUUUCCUAGAAAUAAUAAAUAAUGGGUCUGUCUAGGUCUCAAGCUAAGUCUCAGUACACCAUACAAUAGUAGCCCAGCCCAUUUUAGCUCUUCAUUCAGUCUUGGUGUUUUUCUAUUGUUCUUGGACCGGCCUUGUUAUUGCCUUUGCCUUAGGCCCCGCUUGGUUCCUCGUUUUAGGGCCCAAUACACCUGUAAAAUAUAUCCCUGUAAAAUAAAAACGGAUGGCCUUUCGUUGGUGCU